AUGAGCACCCUUCACAAGGACGCAGCUGUCAGCAACAGGGAGGACAAGAAACCCCACAUUAUCCUGGACUAUAACAAGAACAAAGGAGGAGUCGACAAUCUCGACAAGGUUACCGCUGUGUACAGCUGUAGAAGGAUGACAGCCCGUUGGCCCCUGGUGGUCUUCCACAACAUUCUCGAUGUGACUGCCUACAACUCCUUCGUACUGUGGACAGAGAUCAACCCAGCAUGGUACCAGGGGAAGUGUCAGAAGAGGAGGCUGUUUCUUGAGGUGCUCGGGAGAGAACUGGUGGAGCCUCUCAUAAAACGACGCCAGGUUCUUCCCCGCACCCCAGCCUCUGCCAGCAUGGUUUUGGAUGUCCAGCGGAGACGUCCAGCGGAGACAUCCUCUACCUCUGCAGCAGCUUCCCCCAGCCCCACCAAGGCUGCCCGCCCCAGCCCCACCAAGGCUGCCCGCCCCAGCCCCAUCAAACCCCCUCCUCCCAGCCCAUCGGCCAAAAGGAAGAGGUGCCGAUUCUGCCCCUCCAAGAAAGACAACAAAACGAGAAUCAGGUGCCAAAAAUGCUGUGUGAAUAUUUGCAAAAAACACACUAUUACACUCUGCCACUUAUGCAGAUGAAGGCAUACUCACACACACACACACACACACACACACACACACACACAUAUACACACACAGACACACGUUUUUCUAUGCUUUUGUAUUCUGUGAAGUUUUUUUUUGUCUUAGUUAAAGUUAAAGCAAAAAGUUUAACCAAAUCUUUUAAUUUAGAGAUAAAUGUUGUCUGUGCUUUGUAAAAGAAAAAAAGUUCCUCUUUGUUUACAGUCUGUUGUUUCUAAAUAAAGUUCCAUCAUUCAACUCUGACCUGUGGAUGUCCUGGCUAAUAUGACAUAUGUGGUGACGUCUGCUUAUUUUACUCUGAGUGGUAGAAAUUCAUGUAAACGAGGUUUAUUACACAUUAAAUUUAAAAAACAGUGUUUGGAAGAAGCUGGCUAAAAAGAUGCAACACAUAACAACUGGGCGAUAAUUCAUACUUAAUGCUUUAUAAAAAAAAA